AUGGAGUACCGCCAUCUCGGCCGCACGGGCCUGAAAGUGUCAGCCAUCAGCCUGGGCAGCUGGAUCACCUACGGGGGUCAUGUCACGGAUGACAAGGCCUUCUCGUGCCUCAAGGCCGCCUAUGACGCCGGCGUCAACUUCUUCGACACGAGCGAGAACUACUCGGCUAGCGAGGCUGAGAUCGUGCUCGGCAAGGCCAUCAAGCACUUUGGCUGGAAGCAAAACGACCUCGUCAUCUCCACCAAGGUCUACCACGGCCAGAACAACUCGGCCCACAUCGAUCAGCCCGAGCGCUGGCUCAACAACGUCGGCCUCUCGCGCAAGCACAUUAUCGAGGGCGUCAACCUGUCUCUGCAGCGCCUCGGCCUGCCCUAUGUGGACGUCGUCUUUGCCCACCGUCCGGACCGCACCACGCCCGUCGAGGAGGUCGUGCGCGCCUUCAACCUGCUGCUCGACCAGGGCAAGAUUUUUUACUGGGGCACCUCCGAGUGGACCGCGCCCGAGAUUGCCGACGCCUGGCGCGCCGCCGACCAGCUGGGCCUGGUCGGUCCCAUUGUCGAGCAGCCCCAGUACAAUCUGCUGGUGCGCCGCAAGGUCGAGGACGAGUUCCGCUACCUCUAUGAGAAGUACGGCCUGGGCCUCACCAUCUGGUCGCCUCUCAAGCAGGGCAUCCUGAGCGGCAAGUACAACGGCCACGCCACGCCGCCCGCCGGCAGCCGGCUGGCCGAGUCGCGCGACAAGUUCACGGUGGGCUACAGCAAGACGUUUGGCAACGAGACCUGGCAAAAGGAGCUGCAGCAGGUCGACAGCCUGCGGCCCAUUGCGGCCAAGCUCGGCGACGGCGUCACGCUGGCGCAGCUGGCCCUCGCCUGGGUCCUGGCCAACAAGAACGUGUCGUCGGCCAUUAUCGGCGCCUCGCGGCCGGAGCAGGUUGCCGAGAACAUUGCUGCUUUGCAUGUGGUCGAGAAGCUGACGCCCGAGAUCCUGGCCGAGAUCGACUCGGUCCUGGGCAACGCCAUCCCAGCACCACCGCGGCGAUUCUAA